AUGGUCUCUCCAUCAGGGGGGCCCCCAAAGGGCCCCUCUACAUCUCCUCAGGGGCCCCACCAGGGCAGCAGCAGCGGUCGGGGGGCCCCUAAUCCUGAUGUUGUUAGAGGGGCCUCUCCUUCUAUUUCAACUACUGAUGAUUCGUCUCGUCGAGACUGCAGCCCCUCAUGGGCCCCUCCUCCAUAUCCUUCUUCUCAGAUGGGGGGCCCAAGGGGGCCCCCAUGGGGCCCCCAGGGUAAACCAGCAGCAGCAAGGAGCCACAAGGGGGGGGCCCCCCUACACUCAGCAGUGUCUGUAGAGGGUGUGGGGCCCCACAUAAGCUCCAGGAGGCCUGUAGAGGGUUCACUUAGCCUUAGGGGCCCUCGGGGGGCCCCCCAUCGCUCUACUGGGUUUUCUUCUGCUGCUGCUGCUGCUGCAUCAGCAGCAGCAGCAGAUAGCGAGGUGUACGUACACCUGACAGAUGGCGAAUCUGCUAGCAGCGCUGAUGAAGGAGAAGAAAUGAGGGUUCGUGCGGGGUCGUCCAACGAGUGGAGCUGCAGUAAUGCAACUGCCCAGCAAGCCCAUGAUGAGGAAGUGCUCAGCUUCCCCAAAAAGAACUUCGCCCUCAUGGGGUGUCUUGAUGGUGUUUGUGGCAUUAUGGCAGUUGUUGGAGGCGUUCACACUUCGGAAGUUGUGCCUCUGAAUGAGUUGUGGAGACGCCUGGUAGAUGGGGGCCGCUGUCUCCUCGGAGUUAAUAUCAUCGUGCCUCCUGUCUGUGGCCCGGACAUGGGCUUGGCCUGCGACUCUUGUCAGGGGGCUUGGGUUGAAGUCGCAGUGUAUAUUAUCUUCAACUUGAUAUACAACGUCUGCUCCAUGCUGGUCCUGAAGCACUGUGGGGCGACUGUUUUAUUCCUUAUAAUGACGGUCCGCCUUCCCUUGACCUCCAUGGCCUUCUACUCGAAGCUCAUUGUGGGCGACAGCGCAGUUCCUGCAAAGCCGACGGAUUUCUUUGGCUUGCUGGUUUUGCUUGUGGGGCUUCUCGCGUUCCGCUUGGGAGGGCACAAGACUGCCUGCUUCUCUGAUGAAGAAAUGCCUACACCUCGGGGUCGCAGGCGACAGCGCCAGCCUGAGGUUUAUACACCGCCAAACCCUCAGCCCGAUGCGCCUGAAGAGGGGGGGGGCCCUGGGGGUUUGUUUGUUGGGGGCCCCCGAAGGCGAUAG